UGUACUGUAUUGCACAGGAAAGUGUCACAACUGAACACACCAAGCUGGUGCACAGGAAAUAAGUCAUUAACCAAAAACAAGUCACAUUAAAAUAGGAAGUGACUGCAGAGGCCGUGACGGUUUCAGGUUAGUCUCUCGUUUCCGCCUUCAAAACCAUCCACGAAUGACUGAAAAAGUCCAAAAAAGAGACGAUGCAAGGGAAUCUUCUGCGAGUGUUUGUCUUUGGCCUUCUUGUGUAUCUCAGGGACGAGCCUGCGACUGAGGAUCAGGGCGAUGUCAUCUUCGAACAGCGCGAUAAGAGGACAUUCAAGGACUUGGAGACCCUGGACAAUGAAAUAAGACGUGGGAACGAGGAAACCAUGCGUACUGAUGAUGCAAGACGGUCUUGGGAUAUUUAUGCGUCUCUUCUUCUGGACCAAAAUGUUUCAGGACAAGAUGUAGCUGACAGUCAGGAGGACUAUAUGCCAAACACUGACAUGCAUUGUGAGCGUGCAGAGUCAGAGAGGAAAAUAAUCAUUCAGUCACACACGCCAGAAGAAGAAGGUUCAAAGAUGGUCAAUGCUGAUUGGGAAGGGGAUUAUCUCUGGGGCAUAUGGAAUGUAUUCUCCUUCAUUUCAGUCAUAAGCUUUUUCAGGAAAUAUUUGCGGAAUGCAUCUAAGACGGCACGAGAAAAAAACAAGGUCUUCUCUGCUGCUGAAGUUCUUCUUCCAGACAGCGGCGCUCUUCACAAACUUCACUCUAAAAGUCAUCGGGUUUCAUCCCGGAAUAAAUGGAGGGAGGAGGAAUUCCUGGAGGGGUUUUUGGACGACCUGCUGGAAUCCAUGAGGGCUGCUUGCGAUACAGAUGCCAGUCUUGUAAUUGGAGACUUUCAGAUAGUGGACGUAUGUGACGUCAUCGUCCCUUUGACUCUUCCUCGACCUUUCACCUUUGAAGGUGUGCUCUGCAGAAAGCAGGCAACAGACCUUCACCUCUGCGGCCAGAUACGACUAGUGGAAAAGAAAAUCCGAAAUGGCUGCCUCUGCCUGUCCCCGGAUGCAGAUGACAUGGUUUGCUUAUUGCAUGGUGAGAAUAAGGAGUCCAAGACGAAAGCCUGCACAGAAGCUUUCAGUGGUCGUUUUUGUGUAAGAAACAGCUCAUUCUUGUCAAAGUCUCGGGUGAGCAGAUGGUUUCAUAGCAUCACAGGUGAGGCUUGGGCGGAGAUUUCUCAUAAAUACAAGUUUGACUUAAUUACUCAUGCUCCAGGUUCGCUUGUAGUGCGCUUUCAAUCAGGCAAGAAGCUUAGAUUCAACCUGAGACCUGUGUUCAAGCUAGACUCAGAGUCUUACCUCUACAUCCUCCCGUCUUCAAGCACCGUGGAUGAAACCUGGACUCUGUCGCUGCACAUCUACGAGGAUCGACUCUUACGACACGUCUCUCUACAUCUCCCGGAGAACUCCUGCCACUUUCAAACUUUAGAAGCCGUUUGUUUCCUCGUCAGGGGACAGGAAGCGCUGUCGGGCAGCAGCGCUUUGACAGCCUGGCAUUGCAAACUUGCUUUAACGCGUCUGCUUUGCGCCACCGAGCCUGCGCAGUGGAGGUCGGAGUUUGUGGCCGACAGGCUGCGGGACUUACUGGUCUUCCUAGAGAGAAGUCUGCGGGAGAAGUUUCUUUGCCAUGUUCUUAUUGGGAACCCUUUGGCCCAAAAUGCCAUCGCUCUCCCUGACCAGCUGACGUUUGCUACGCCUGUGAAUCUCUUCCAUCCCCUUGUGGUGAACGAAUGUAUUUACAGAAAUGCACUUACUUUUUUCCAGGAGAUGCUGAGCAACGCAAACAUGCAAAUACUUGAUUAUGUAGGAAACUUCGAUGAUUCUUCCACUUAAACGGGAUGGGCGAUACUGGGAAUUUUGGUAUCGAUCUAAUACCAAGUAAAUACAGGGCUGGUAUUGCUGAUACUGAUACAGAUACUUUUGACUUAAAAUGACACGUUUAGGGAUGUUUUCGACUAAAGAUUUUCAUCGUCAAAUCUGAUUUUUGCCAUAGUCGACUAACAGUCAAAUCCACAGCAUUUAUUUUAAAGAGAAAAUAAACAGAUCAUGGUGAUAUGUAGUAGUGUACAGUAGGGUUGUACGGUAUACCGGCAUUAGUAUAGUACUGCAAUACUAAUGAAUCAUAUUCGGUACUAUACCACCUCUGAAAAGUACCGACCCCCCAAAACCCCUGCGACCCCAUCGUCGUCACGUCGGGUCUUUGCUGGUUUACAAGCAGACGAGCAUGUUUGGCAGCGCACAAUCACGGAGUACUUACAAGCAGACACAGUGUGUAGACAGAAAAGGGAGAAUGGACGCAUUUUGGCUUAAAAACUAACAAUGAAGGUGAAGUUAUAACACUGAAAGGCCCUCAGGAAGAGGUGCUUUAAGACAUGGCUAGCUAGCUAGCGGCUAAAGUGUUUUAGCUACUUCUAAAUCACUAAUCCUGGUCUCCAUGGCGACGGAUAAAGUAAGUUUCUUACAAGUAUCAUCCCUGCAGGACGAGGAAUAGCUAAACAUGCUUCACUACACACCGUAGCUCACUGGCGUCAAAAUGUAAACUAACGCCAUUGGUGGAUCUACACCCGACAUCCACUGUAAUGAUACCAAGUACAAGAGUGUAUCUAGUCGAUACUACUUUUGGCAUCACAACAUCUUCUUUAGUUGUUUUUAUUAAUGUAUAUUAUGUUUAUAAACUCAGGAAAUAUGUCCCUGGACACGAGGACUUUGAAUAUGACCAAUGUAUGAUCCUGUAACUACUUGGUAUCGGAUUGAUACCCAAAUUUGUGGUAUCUUCCAAAACUAAUGUAAAGCAUCCAAAUAACAGAAUAAUAAGUGAUUAUUACAGUUCAACAGAAGUGUAGAUAGAACAUGUUAAAAGAGAAAGUAAGCAGAUAUUAACAGUAAAGGAACAAGUAGAUUAAUAAUUCAUUUUCUACCACUUGUCCUUAAUAAUUUUGACAAAAUAAUAGAAUGGAAAAUGACACAAUAUGUUACUGCAUAUGUAAGCAGCUAAAUUAGGAGCCUUUGUUUGCUUACUAAUAAAAGACUAGUUGUCUUGUAUGUUCACUAUUUUAUUUAAGGACAAACUUGCAAUAAGUAAUAUGUUUAAUGUACUCUAAGAUUUUUUUGUUGAAAUAAA